CCUUCAGAGGAUCUUGGCGGGAAAAACUUUGGAGGUAAGAGUGAAAAAGCAAAAGUCCAGUCUUUAACUCCGAGCAAAUCUUCCAUGGAUUCCGACUCCGAUUCCGAUGGCUCUCACGUAUCCUCAACCCCACCACGCCACCCUCCUCAACCGUCGCCGUUGCCGUCGCGCCGUGCUCUUCUUUUUACCGCAAAGUCAAGAACCCAAGCCAAAAACACCUCUAUAACUUCCACAAAAUCUUCCCGCCCAAUUCUAAGACCAAAACCCUCAACCAAACAACCCAGAAAAAAUCCUCCUUCAAACCCUAAAACCCUAGAAAACCCAAUUCAAAACCCACAAAAUCCCUCCAGUUUACCCUUCCAAAUUCACAAAAACGACACCAUUUCAAGUGAAGUUCUUCCAAAUUUAACGAAAAAUGCUUCCUGUUCGAAACCCCUAAUUCAAAAUCCACUUUCCCCACCAAAAUUCUCCGAUUUACCUUUCCAAAUCCACCGUAACGACACCCUUUUAUCCAAUGACAACAGUUCUGGUGAAGUUCUUCCUGCUGGAGGCUUGUGCGUAUCCAAAUUUGCUUCCUUUUCGAAAACCCGAAAAGCCAUUCUCAAUCUUGAGCCUGCUGAAGCUGAUCCUAUUGAACCCCGAUUGGCUCAACAGACUGAAAAGAAGGAAGCAGUUGUCAGGAAACAUCCUAAUUUAAUAGGGAGCAACGUGUCGUCUUCGUUGCCAGUAAAGAAGGUUAAAUGUGUUAAUGAGGGUAACUUUGUAAGGCUCAACAUAAAUGGUUAUGGUAAAAAGUUUGCAUCAAAAUUCAAAAGAAGGAAUUCUAAUUCAUCAAGCGGUAAAAAAUUCUAUAGAAGAUGGAAAAAGAAAGUUGGGGUUGUAGGUAAGGAGGGGGAAGGGGGGAACGGUCUGUGUGAUGAAGAAGGUUUAGUUGUGGAAGUUAAGGGAAGAGGAGGGGAAAGAUUGGAUUUUGAUACAAAGUUGAUUGGAGAUGCUGUGAUGAGGGUUAGAAAUGAGGCGUCGGAUGAGAAUUUGUUGAGGUUGUUAAAGCUGACUUUUGGUUAUGAUUCAUUUAGAGAUGGCCAGUUGGAGACAAUCAAGAUGGUGCUUUCGGGGAAAUCUACAAUGUUGGUUUUGCCAACGGGUGCUGGGAAGUCGCUGUGUUAUCAGUUGCCGGCAAUGGUUUUUCAGGGAGUUACGGUUGUUAUUAGCCCCUUGAUUUCUUUAAUGAUUGAUCAGCUAAAGCAGCUGCCUGCUGCUGUGGAGGGUGGUCUUUUGUGUAGCAGCCAGACACCUGAGGAGGUUUUGGAAACUUAUAAGUUACUAGAAGAGGGAUCCAUAAAGGUCCUUUUUGUUUCACCAGAGAGGUUUCUCAAUUCAGAAUUUUUAUCCAUUUUUUGUGACACUCAAAUUUCACUUGUGGUUAUUGAUGAAGCCCACUGUGUUUCUGAAUGGUCACACAACUUUCGGCCUUCAUAUAUGCGGCUUAAAGCAUCAUUACUGCGUGAUAAACUCGGGGCUCAAUGCAUACUUGCAAUGACAGCAACAGCAACUACUAAAACAUUGUAUAGUGUGAUGCAUGCAUUGGAUAUUCCAUCAAGUGAUCUUAUCCAAGCAGUGAAACCAAGGGAUAAUUUGCAAUUGUCAGUAUCUCUGAGCGAAAACAGGAUGAAAGAUCUGAUGACCUUGCUGAAGUCUUCCCCCUUUUCAGAGGCUAAAAGCAUCAUCAUUUACUGCAAAUUUCAGUUCGAAACUGAUCUCAUUUGCAAAUAUCUAUGUGACAGUAAUAUCUCGGCAAAGAGUUAUCACAGUGGAAUUUUCGCAAAGGAAAGGAGCCGUACGCAGGAACUGUUUUGUGCAAACAAGAUAAGAGUGGUUGUUGCAACUGUGGCAUUCGGCAUGGGACUGAAUAAGAAGGAUAUUGACGCUGUAAUACAUUACAGCUUACCAGAAAGCUUGGAAGAGUAUGUCCAGGAGAUUGGUCGUGCUGGACGUGAUGGUAGAAUCUCAUAUUGCCAUCUCUUUUUUGAUGAUGUUUCCUAUUUUAAGACUCGCAGUCUUAUGUACAGUGAUGGUGUCGACGAGUAUGUGGUGAACAAAUUGCUGUGUCAAAUUUUCAGUGGCAGCACGAACCCUGCUGGGAAAAUAUGUUCAUUAAUUAAAGAGUCUGCUAGUCGUAAAUUUGAUAUGAAAGAAGAGGUUAUACUAACGAUCUUAACACAAUUGGAGCUAGGCGAGGUCCAAUACUUGCACCUGCUCCCACAGAUGAGUGUAACAUGCACGUUAAACUUUCACCAGACUUCCCCUGCAUUGCUAGCUAUGAAAGAUGCUGUGGUUUCUGCUAUCUUGAAGAACUCUGUGAUCAAAGAUGGGCAGUAUAUAUUUGACAUACCAAGUGUAGCAAACAGCACCAGACUGCAAGUCAAUGACUUGUCAAACCAUUUGCAAACACUGAAGUUGAAGGGGGAAGUUACAUAUGAGCUGAAGGAUCAGGCUUAUUGUUAUGUUAUCAUGGAAGUCCCAAAGGAUAUCUGUUCUUUAGCAACAUGGCUUACAAAGUGGUUAUCUGAGGUUGAGAGUUGUAAGGUAAGGAAGAUGGACACGAUGUACGAUGCUGCUGUGUUUGCAGCAGAAGCAUGUGACAAGGUGCAUGGUUGCCUUGGCCGUCAACACACACCUUGCUUGCAAAGGAAGAUUGCAGAGUAUUUUAUAAGUGGUACUGAAGUUGACGUUCCAAAGAAGAUUGGUGGAAGCAGCCCAUUUUUGACAGCUGAUAUAAAGGUAUUUCUGCAGUGCAACUCACAAGCCAAGUUUACUCCUAGAGCUAUCGCAAGGAUAUUGCAUGGCAUUGCGAGCCCAGCAUUCCCGUCUGCUACGUGGUCAAGAACUCACUUCUGGGGAAGGUAUAUGCAAACAGACUUCAAAGCAAUAACGGAAGCAGCAAAGGCAGAGCUCCUGAACAUUGUGGGGAAGGAUUCUAUUAAGCAAGGUCAUUCCCAGGAUUGAUGUUAUGACACAUUGAGAUUUAACUUAAAAGCUACAAAAUGGUGAAAAUACCGUCGGCUAUCUAAGAUAUGUUGUUAUAGUUCCCUCUUGUCUCCUUGGGAGUGAGUAUGAAAGCUACAUCCUAUUUCUUUCUUUUUCUUCCAGUGAGUAUGAAUCUACAUAGGUAGCAUCUCUCUGCUAGCACUUUUUAAGUGAUUCACAACAUCAAGAACUUCUGAUCCAGCUUUCCAAAGGCAACUACUUGAAAAAUACAAAAGCUGCCCAUCAACAAUAUCCCGCAGUUGGUGGUAAUUUCCAUUUCACAAUUGAGGACUACUUUGAAAGAGCUAAGGAGUAUGGUCCUCAUUUCUAUUAGAACAGAUCCUUUGUUGGCUAUCUAAUGGUAUCUCUUUCAUAAGGAAAGGAUGUACCUCGCAGAUUACCUUCCCAUGCUCGAAGUUGAAGGCUGGUAGAUGUUGAUGGCGACUGGCGAGAGGCGGAUCCAGGAUUUGAGCUUGCUGGAUUUAACCAUUGAAGUUCUUAGCGCUGAACUGAUUAUACUUUUGAAAUUAUGGGUUCAAAAUCUAAUAGUUGGUGAAUUCUUUUGGUGUUUCACAUACACACAUAUCUAUGUUCCCUACCGAGAAUACUGGGCCCAGUUGAACGCAUAGCACAAACUCUCCAUCAGCUGCUGCUGAUGGCUGCAUAAUAAGUUAAGCAAUCCUGAAUUCCUGUAGAGCUGGUGCUUAAUGGUGAUAAAUAGUGUACAAACUUCUAUGCAUUGUAUUGUAUAUAUAGAAAGUGCAGUUCUGGUACAAUAGCAUGCCUUUUUUGCUCUAUUCAUCCGUCACAAUGGAAUAUCUAAAGAUGAGAUGUUUGCUUGCAGUUUCCUAUCAGAUUUAGCUUAAUGAAUUUUCCAUAGUUGGGAGCCACUUCUUAA